AUGAAUAUUGGACUUUUCGAUGUGUGCAGUACCACCGUCUAGGCGGACCUGGUCCGGUCCGGCUCUGGUGGGAGCCUGUGAGGAGGCGGGUUCUCGUUCGCCUUGUGGUCUGAUAACCGAGCAGCGGAGGGAGCGGCUUUGGACGCGGAGGUGAGGAAGACUGCGGCCACAGAGGAGGAGGAGGAGGAGGAGGAGGGAUUCUGCAGGGAGCGCGCCGCGCGGCUCUGGAGGCGUGACGUACCCGAAGCGCAUCUCCAGGAUGGCAGGUCCACCUGACAGCCACUCGGACCGCGGUAUCGGUAUCAGACCCGGGGACCUUUGAUGGACCCUGAUAUCCUGCCGGGCUCCGCGACCAGAUCCCGGAUGGACCGGCGAACCAGAAUCCGAAUGGAGCCCAGAACCUUGGCAUACAAAUGCAUACACACCCUCAUUCUGCUGGUUGCCGGCACGCUGGUUUCCACGGUCACGUCAAGCCCACCUGCUGCAGGUGUGCUGGAGUUCAACAGGACUGGGGAGUCUCCGUCACGACCUUCAUCUCCCUCCUCCUCCCCCCCCCCUCAUUCUGGAUACGGUGUUAAUGACGGUGGAGCAGGCUCAGUGGAGGAUGUAGACGCUGGUGCUCAGGGGAUCCACCUGCUGCUAAGACCCCCAGACCUCCUGUCCCCCAGCCUCCCCCCUGCCCUGCCCCCCCACACCCAGCCCACUGUCACCCCUCCUCCCCCCUGGGAGCAGGGCCCCUCCCUGGAAGAGGCCUGGGGCUCCGGGGACUACCUGGAGACUCUGUCCUUCAUGGUGCCUGACGGGGAGGAUCUGGCCACACCGCUACCCAACCACUCGUAUGACGAGGACCUGGGGGCGGACUGGGUCUCCUACGACUCCGCCUUCCCCGCCCGCCCCACUGCCCCCCUUUCCUCACGCCUUCCCCUUUUACCUUCCUCCUCCACCCCCCGAGUGCCCCUGUACACUCGCCCCUCCCAUCCGGAUGUCUUCCCCAGCUGGGACGAGGACUACGACCUGGAGGACAUGAUGCCUCUGGAACCCACGGAGCUGCUGUUGCCGGACAUGAACAGCAUGGAGUACUACACCAAGCUGCUGGCCCGGGAGAGGGAGAAAAGGGAGAGAGACCAGGACGGGUUGGAAAGGACUAACCACAAGCCCCCCAUCACUCCCACAACAACACAAACCCACCGCCCCUCUUCUUCUUCGUCUCCCACCCAGAGCCCUGGUCUUCUUCCAGAAGGGCCCACCCCCCCCCUGACCCCUCCUCUCACCACCUCACCAACUCUCACAAGUGAGGAGAAGCCACCUCCACCGUCUGCCACAGUCAAAACGGAUUUUCCCCUUUAUCCAAAACCCAGAGACCGGGCCAAAACUCCUCCCCGCCCCCCUUCCAACACCACCGGCCGGUUGCCCCUCCCUCCCUCGCCAGGACCUCCCCCCCACCCCAAUCGAUCGGAGAGGCCUGCUGUGGUCUCGGAGAAGCCGGUAAAGGCUCCGUCCACAAGGGCCACCACCACAUCCACCACCCCACAGAUCAGCCUGACCAGAGCCCCCCCCGUCACCACCCCCAGAACAGCCCAGACUCCGCCCACCAGACAGUACCUGUGUAACAUCACCAAGCCAGAGAUGUACCUGGUCAGAGUAGUCAGUUCCAAAGGUUCUUCAGCAAGUUUCACUCAAGUCAGAGAUCUUCUGAAGAGAGAGUUCAAUCGAUCAGUGGAGCUCCAGUUCCUGAGAACUCCGUCCAGCUUUGCCUUCCGGGUGGUGUCUGGUCCGUUGAUCUUCACGGCCGCCUCUGUCAUCAAUGCCCUCCGCCGGCCGGCACGCGGCUCUGGCCCGGUCCCCCCCGUGUCGCCGCUCUACGCCGUACCCGACCUCCGGUACCAGGUCCACUCCGUGCUGCAGCUUGUGCCCCCCCACCUGGACGUCAGGCUCUGCGACUUCAGUCAGCGGGUGGAGAGAGGCCUGAAGAUGGCCUACGCUGAGACCCGGAGAAGAGCCCUUCAGCCCGGAACCGUGACCAUGCAGCUUUUGAACAUCACCACAUCUGUGAGCCGCCCCCCCGAGCAGAGGACUACCGUGGACAUCGCCUUUGCGGUGCGUGAAGGCCGGGACUAUCUGCCGGGGUCAGAGGUCAGCGAGCUCCUCAGGAAGCUCAGCCUAGUGGAGUUCAGCUUCUACGUCGGGUUUCCUGCCGUUCAGAUCGCAGAACCGCUCCACUACCCUGAGCUGAACACGUCUCACCAGCUGCGCUCCACCUGGGUCCGUACAGUCCUGCUGGGGGUUCAGGAGCAGCUGGUGGCAGAGAGAAGCUUCAAAGCUCGCCUGGAAAGACGUCUGGCUCUACUGCUGGAGGAGAGUCUGCAGGCCCCCAGCAGGGGGCGCUGGAGGAGAGCCACGGUGGUGGGCAACUCCAGUCUGCAGGUGGUGCGGGUGGCGAGGCUGUUGGGGGCGGAGCGUCCUUUGGAGGUCUUCUACUUUGUGGAGGGUCCAGGUGGGAAACGGAUUCCAGCAGAGUCCAUGGCAGUCACCCUGAACCGCCUGGACCUUCAGAGGGCCGCCAUCGUCCUUGGACACCGCGUGCAGAGGCCUAUUGCCCAGCCUGUGGAGACCCUGUCUGUCCCUCCAGCGGAGACUCAGAGCAGCAGCAUCUGGCUGAUCAUCGGUGUGGUCGUCCCCGUCCUGCUGGCCCUCUUCAUCAUCGUCAUCCUUUACUGGAAGCUGUGUGGCUCAGAGAAGCUGGAGUUCCAGCCGGAUGCCAUCAACACGAUCCAGCAGAGGCAGAAGCUUCAGGCUCCGAGCGUCAAAGGCUUCGACUUUGCGAAGCUGCACCUGGGCCAGCACAGCAAAGACGACAUGAUGGUGAUCCAAGAGCCAGGCUCGCUACCCCCCCCCGCCAAAGAGGCCACGCCCUCCAACGGUGGGGAGCUCAACACCCCCAAAUCUAAAAGCUCCUCCACAAAGGCGGUGCGGACGAGCCGCCGCCGGGGCAGACUCAGCCCGUCAGAUGGUGACUCGUUAGGCAGCGACCAAUCAAGCGGCAGAGAAUCAGCAGAAGAAAGCACUCGACCUGUGGCCACGCCAACUGAGGGGAAACAUCACAGGAAGACGCCCAAAAAUGGGCGGAACAAACUGGCUGGUGGAGCAGAAGAGCUUCUGUCCUCGUCCUCCAUCUUCGACCACGUGGACCGGCUGUCCCGCGGUUCGUCUGAUGGAACACGUCGUCAGGCCAACAAGGUGCAGCUGAUCGCCAUGCAGCCGCGCCCCAGCCCGCUGCCGCAGCACGCCACGCCUCACCUGAGCCCCACCCUCACCGAGAAGGUCAGCACAGAGGUGGCGCUGAGGCACAAGUCUGAGAUCGAGCACCACAGGAACAAACUCAGGCAACGUGCCAAGAGGCGGGGCCAGUGCGAGUUCCCCUCCAUGGACGACAUCAUGGACGCCUUCGGAGAUGGACCUGUGCAGAGCGAGGUGGCGCAGCGUCUCUACAGCUCCGCCCACGACCACAUGGACUGCAUCCUGCAGGCUGACAACCACUCGCCCCCCACCGGCUCCCGGAGGAGAGGAAGGCGCUCUCCUCGAAGUCGGCGAGCUCAGCCAGGACCCGGAAGUCUUCCCGAUACGGACCUGGACCGUCUGCUCACCGAUCACAGCGCCACCUACAGAAAAUACCCGGGACUUAACAACGUGGCCUACAUGUCAGACACUGACCUUCCCCCGGACCACGGCAGCCCCUCCCCCACUGACGAGGUGUUUGACUCAGCCCCGCCGCCCUACAUGCCCCCCCAGCCCUCGAUCGAGGAGGCCCGGCAGCAGAUGCACUCCCUGCUGGAUGACGCUUUCGCACUGGUGUCGCCUUCCUCGCAGGUUAGCGGGAUAAGCCCCGCCCUGCCGGGCCACUCCCCCCAGGCCCGCCCCCCCGGCAGACAGUGGGGCUCUUACCCAGCGGCCCCCUCUCAGAGUCCCUUCUCAGCUAGAUACGCAGAGCUGGGAAUGUCCCCAACAUCCGUCCAGGGUCUUCUGCACAGGCAGGGUCUAAGCUCUGCAGCAUAUAUUUCCACUGGAGACCAGCUGCAGGAAUCGGUCUACUCCAGCAGAGCACAGUACGGGGACCCCCCCUCCUCGUCCAGACCACGACCGGUGGGGGGAAGCACAAGUGCGCAGCUCCACCAUCUGACCCAGGUGGGUUUGUCCAGUCAGAUCAGCGCGUACCCGGGGGUGGGUCGCAGCAUGUCUGGUCCCACCGGCUCCAGCUGGAACCAGCGGCAUUCAGACCAGGACCUCUCCAGACCCGGAGCCAGCAGAGAGAGUGUGCUGUCGUUCCCUGAGUUCUCUUCAUCGUUUUUCCAGAUGCCCAGCUCCUCGUUGAGGGACCCCUCGGCUCCGCCUCUCCUCCUUACCUCACCGACUCCUGAGUACCCGCCAGAGGACGCCUCCCCUUCCGCCCAUACCUCUGCCUCCCUUAUAAAGGCCAUCAGGGAGGAGCUGCGACGCCUGGCCCAGAAACAGACUGCGGUGACCAGCUACCCUUAGACUGGUCUGGACCCGCUUGGAUCAGACAUCAACUUGUUUCAGCCACAAAGAGCCUGCAAAGACUGGAUUAAAACUGUUUAACUACUGUUGAUCCACAUUCUGGAUUUUCUUGAGCGAAUCUACAUCUGUGCCACUAAACCCAAAAUGUCUCCCAACCAGAAAACCCAUGAACCCAUGUGUAUAAAGGACAGUGUCUCUUGGCUGAAAGAUCUCUGGUACUUUCCACGGUCCCGUUUUUCUGCUUUAUCAUUUUAUUAGUCAUUAGAGUUUGACUCUUUACAUUUCCAUUGAAGUGCUUCCUGGAGAGGAUUGUUCGAUGAUCAUCCUUUUUAAACCUUUAGAGCAGGUCACCCUUCUUGACCUCCCGAAGAGGAUGGUUGCUCUCAGAUUUUUGGAGGGGACGAUCCCUCUACCUGACAGCACGAAUCAAACCAUUUGGAGACACUUCCUGAAAUUCUGCAGUGAACGUUCUCUCCUGAUCCUCUGGAAGAGAUUAUCCCAGAAGGUUGUCCCGCUACUGGAUUCAAUCAUCCAUCCUGGAGUUUGUAAGUGGAUGCCCUUCUGGAUCUCCUGUGGUGCUAACAGCCAGCCUCAUGCCAUCUCCUCAUUGACCACUUAUUGCCUUCCACACUCCCAUCAGCCACAGGGAUCAGGUCUCCGUUUAGGAACCACAUAAAUUAGGUCUUUGUACUGUCAACAGUUCUGGCUGAACAAGGAUGCAAAACCGGAAAAUAUAUAUAUAUAUAUAUAUAUAAAUAUCUAUAUGAAUGAAUAAGUAUCUGUAAAGAGAUAGAAUCCCAAUGAGCACAAUAUUAAUGUAAGAGUUAUUGUUGGAGUGUUGAAAUUUUACAUAUUUUUAUUCCUUAUAUAUAAUAGUAUGCUUUAAAUAUUUUAUUUUAAUGCAAAAAAGACCCAACUACUGUUGAAUGGUUGUAUUCUUCUUGUGUUUGAGUCUCUGCAGAGACGUUGCUUAGUGUAGCUGCUCGCUCGUGUCUUGCUGUAUCGGUGCCAAUGAAAAGUUAUCUAACGCUUUGCUUUAAUAUCCAGUUUAUUUGUUGCCGAUUUGUUGCAUCCGUCGAUGUCUGAGUGAUAGACGAGGUCACAGAUGGGUAAAAACAAAUGGGAGACCAGUCGUUCACCUCAACCAGAAACUAAAGGUGUAAAUGACCCCCCUUACGACAAAAUGUGGACUACAUACAAUAAAUAUUAUGUUCAUUACACUACAGGAAAACCACUUUAUUUACAGCUCCUUAUGAGUGUUGUAUAUCCUCACAUCCACUAGGAAUGAUGGUUGUGCUUCCCUUUCUGGUGGUUGGCUGCUUCCUCUGUAGUGUUGUGAAGAAGUUGGUCUCUCCUGAAAUCUGGUUUUGAUACAAGAGGUUUGUUCGAUUCUGCUGUUUAUCGGCAUGUUUGACUCAGUUUGAGGCUUUAGCUUCUCGUGAUGUUCCAGUUAAUGUUUAGCAUGCUGCUAAAAGAUGUUUAAAACAAAGUUUAAAGGAAGUAGUAAAGACUUGUUCCACGUCAAGUUAAGGCUGAACAGAUGGUGAUUAAUCCCACAACCGCAAAAUCAUCACCUGUCCAGCCA